AUGGGAGACGGAUCUGACUAUCCUAGUCCCCGAAGUGAAGCUCCGCACGGGGCUACUGCUGCCUCUGCCCUUGCCUCUGCUACAGAGACUCUGUCCUCAAUUGCCAGAAUGAAUGAGCCCAUGAGCUACAUGGAGGGCACGCGCCCGCGCCUCUCUGUCCGACGCGCCCGCGAUCCCCCCAAGAACCCCAAGGGCCAGAUCUACUGCGACCACCCGGAUUGCCAGAAUGCGCCCCCGACCUUCCGCCGUCCGUGUGAAUGGAACAAACACAUGGACAAACACGAUCGUCCCUACAAAUGUUUCGAACCCGGCUGCGACAAGAUCCAAGGCUUCACCUACUCAGGUGGCCUCUUACGCCACCAGCGCGAGGUCCACAAGAAGAACACCGACGCUAAGAAGCCUCUGAUGUGCCCCUAUACCGAUUGCAACCGAAGCACCGGCAACGGGUUUACCCGCCAGGAGAAUCUUCGAGAACAUCUUCGACGUCGCCACAUGCAUGCCGACGACGGCACCCCCCAGGUCAUGGUCGACAUGCCCUGGGAACGUGCCAAUGAGUUGGAAGGCCUCCGGGCCAACUCACUGCCCGCCACCGGCAUCAAGCGCAGGCAUGACUCGCCCAACGGCGACCUUCCUGAGUCCGAUGAGGCUGGUCCUGAGCUUCACAAUGAGGUUAAGCGACUGCGCCGCGAGGUCCAGGAGAAGGAUCGCCGCCUGGAAGAACUAGAGCGCAUCGUCGCCGGCCUGCAGCAGGCUAUUCCCCAGCCCGGGCCCGUCGAGUCCCAGUCCAUGUCGUUGCCCCCCGUCCCUGAACCUGCCGCUCCCCAAGUCUGA